AUGGCCGACGACGGCGCCACGAACCGCUUUGGGUUCGAGGGCCCAAAUUUCAGUUUCAUGAACGAGUCUCCUGCUGGAACAGAAGCUUCAGCAAACCCUUCAUCCCUAGCUGAGGCCGAUGCCAGCGGCGCCCAGCAACAACCACCACCACCACCACCACAACAACAACAACAACACCUCUACCCCCCAUCUACAAGUGCACCAAACUGGGACUUCCAGACGACGCCAGCCUACGACAACAUCAACAUAGGCGCAAGCACCGCGCCUACAACCCAGCCUGGUGUUAGUGCUACCACCUGGCCCUUGCCAGUCUUUGACCAAUCCCAAGACGCGCCGUUUAACUUUGCCGGCUUCUCACCAUCAGAUGUCAAUUCGAACGUUGUGUUCGGAGCCCCGAACACCGAGGCUCUGAACACUACUAGACAGCCAGGCGCAGCGCCAAUGUCGCCGGCUCUUCAGCAGAAACUCCGAAAUAUUGCAAUGCCUCCUCACCUUCAGUAUAACUCGCCCAAGAGUGCCUCAAGCCCCGAUUCCGCUAAUAAUGACUCGAAAGGGGGCAUCGCCUCGUCGCCGGAGCAAGGUGAUGGAUCAAAAAGGGAUGUCAGGAAACGAAAGGCAUCGUCGGACCCGGAGGAUGAAGACGACGCCGAUGAUGAUGACAAGCCGGUCAAGAAGACCGCUCACAAUAUGAUUGAGAAGCGGUACCGCACCAACAUCAACGAUAAGAUAGCCGCCCUACGAGACAGCGUUCCCAGCCUGCGGAUCAUGUGUAAGAGUGCUAGGGGCGAAGAUACCACGGAGGACCGAGAGGAGCUGCAUGGGCUUACACCGGCUCAUAAGUUGAACAAAGCAACGGUCUUGAGCAAAGCCACUGAAUACAUUCGCCAUCUCGAGAAGCGAAAUAAUCGUCUGCUUGAGGAAAAUGCUGCCAUGCAAGCCCGUAUUGCCGCAUUCGAGAAGCUGUUCAUGGCUGGCGCUAUGAACGGAUCUAUGAGUCCUAUGCAACACCCUCUCACUCCUAUGCAGUAUGCUCAAGAUAACCCUCAACAAUUCGGUAGCUCGCCCAUGGGCACCCCGCAGCCCAGUAACCCCGCGUCAUCUGGCAUGAUUCAGGUACCCGACGACAUGAAGAGAAUUAUAUCGGCUCAAAUGGCCGUCGGUCAGCCUUAUCCAGUGCCCCAACAAUCCUUUCGCGGCGGCAACCCUCCGAUGAUGCGCCAGCAACAAAUGCAACACCAGCAUCAGCAGGCCCAACAAAACGGCUUUUUCCAAGGCAACCCUUACUUUGGAAAGCUCAUGGUGGGCUCUCUCGCUGGUCUCAUGAUCAUCGAAGCGGUGCGAGAAUCGGAAGCUGGCACAGAAACGACGGAAGGGCGUGGUCUCUUUGCGCUGCCACUACAUUUCCUGCGGUCUUUGGCAUCAAGCCUUGAUGUGCGCGUCAUGGGGUAUCACGCUCUGUCGUCUCUCAAGACUUUGUUGCUGUUGGGCACAUUUCUCUGGAUCUUCGUGCCCUCAUUGUUUGCUUCUACGGAUCCCCAGUCCAAGAAGCCGCAAGCCGCGAUGCCUCGCAAAGCUCCAUCUACAGCGUCUUCAAUUCAAAUCCGGAGGCAGGCUUGGCUCACUUCAAUCCAAACUGUCUGGGUUCCUCAACGCAGUUUUAUCCUUGAAGCCGCAGCCCUCGUCUUGAAGGCGAUGAAGCUUAGCAUACGCAACGCUUUCGGAUUUCAUGUUUUCCAGAUGCUCACAGGGAUCACCCGGGAGCAAGAAGUCGCCAGGGUAAAGGCCUGGUCCAUUGCCUUGGACUCGCAGCUAGCAGGCGGUGAUAUGGAUAUCUGCAAGAGCCGAUUGGCCUUGACUCUACUUGCAUCUUGCACGUUGCCGGACACUCCCAUUCGGUCCAUGAUGAAAGCACUCCAUAUUCGUCUUCUUCUGUGGCAAGUCACCAGCAGCAGACUUGUGCAGGCCGGUGUCAACGUAAUUGCUGCGGAACGGGCCAGGUCGAAAUGGAAAGAAGCCCGUGAACUAAACCAGCUUCUUGUCCGGCUGCGCCGUGGAGCGCCAGGCUCCCUGCCACAUGACGACGAACUUCCUGAGCAUCUUGUCGCCUUGGUCGAACAGGAUUGCGAUGAUGUUCUCACCCCGCAAGUGAUUCAGCGAGCCCACAACUUGGCCUUCAGCAUGGAUACAACCCACAAUGUCACGGAGCCUAUUGAUCACAUGAACAGCAUUGUCGAUGAUGUUGCCAUAAGCUCCCCAUUGGAUGCCGUGGCUGCGUGGUGGUCCACCCAGGUCUUGCACCAGGUCCUUGGUGAUGCGCUCGAUAAGGGCGCAUCACCAAAAGCGCCAGAUGCCGUUGCAAGUAGCAUCGACAUAGCCAUUCGUGUGUCGCCGAUUGGCUCAUAUGCUCAUAUGCGCGCCAUACUGGCCCGUGCCGUGCUUGUGAAACAGUCUCGCGGAGCUCAUAUUGCAGCGGCGCUGCAGACUUUGAAAUCUGACAGGAUCACAGGUCCAUUCACCAAAUCGAAUCUGAUUGUAGGCCAGCGAUUUGACGACUUCUCAGCAGACUUUUCAAUUACUUUGCGGUGUGCCAUGACCAUUGCACAUCUUACGCGGGUGGCCAACACGCCCAAAGCCACAUUGGCCAACGUGGACUUUUUGAACUUUUUUGUUCGACCGGAAAAUAUAGCUUGCAUGACUCUGCUAGGAUUCACUUCGGUGAUGGAACUCAUGGAUCAUUUGCUGCUUCACAGGGACCGCGACCAGAGCGUUGAAAUUGAAGUUAUCCUGGAAAAAUUCGCGGCGACGCUGCGUCUAUGGAUCGGUGGGCAGUUUGCUAGCCAAUGUGGCAUCCAUGCUGAGCUUCGACAGCAGAUCGUGGAGAGGUGUCUUGCGGUAACAAAGAGCUUGGUCGGGAUGGAGAUAGAUACUGGCUACGGCGGUAUGAGUGACGAGGAGACUGUGCGGGAAUAA